AGAGUCCAGAUCUCCAGUGUGAUGUUCUGACUGUAUGUGAGGCUCCUCCCGGCUCUUUGUGUUUCCCGUACAGACUGGAGGUGACGGCUGCUCGCUCCUGCCGUCUGCUUUCUAUUUUCUCCUCUCGGUGUUUCUGCAGCUGCCGCCUGUCGAUCAUUCGGGCUUCAGGCAGAAGGUCGGCGGGUAAAAGGACUCCGGGCUUCAGUCAGCCAUGGAGCUUCAGCGUGCAGCACUGGGCGCCUUGUUCCUGCUCGCUCUGCUGGCAUCUGAGUGCUGCUGCAGGAACGAGGAGGAGCGUCUGAUCAACUACCUGCUCAAGGAGAAGGGCUACAACAAGGAGCUGCGGCCGGUGGAGAGGCAGCAGGACGCCGUGGACGUCUACCUCGCCCUCACGCUCUCCAACCUCAUCUCUCUGAAAGAAGUCGACGAGACGCUGCUGACGAACGUGUGGAUUGAACACACAUGGACCGACUACAGGUUGUCGUGGAACUCGACGGAGUUCGACGGCAUCGAGAUGCUCCGGCUGCCGUCCAAUAUGGUGUGGCUGCCGGAGAUCGUGCUGGAGAACAAUAAUGACGCCCAGUUCCAGGUGGCCUACUACUGCAACGUACUGGUGGACGCGACUGGGCUCUGCUACUGGUUGCCUCCCGCCAUCUUCCGCUCCUCCUGCUCCAUCAACGUCAACUACUUCCCCUUCGACUGGCAGAACUGCACGCUCAAAUUCACCUCUCUGACCUACAACGCCAAAGAGAUCCGGAUGCUGCUGAAGGAAGAAGCGGACGAGACCAACAAGUGGACGGUGGAGUGGAUCAUCAUCGACCCCGCCAGCUUCACGGAGAACGGCGAGUGGGAGAUCAUCCACCGGCCGGCGAAGAGGAACACCUACAAACACAUUCCCAUGGAGAGCAACAAGCACCAGGACAUCACCUUCUACCUGGUCAUCAAACGCAAACCUCUGUUCUACAUCGUCAACAUCAUCAUCCCCUGCGUGCUCAUCUCCUUCUUGGCUUCGCUCGUCUACUACCUGCCCGCCGACAGUGGAGAGAAGAUGACUUUGUCCAUCUCAGUUCUGCUGGCUCAGUCUGUCUUCCUGCUGCUGAUCUCUCAAAGGCUGCCGGAGACCUCCAUGUCGGUUCCACUCAUUGUCAAGUACCUGAUGUUCAUCAUGGUGCUGGUGACGGUGGUUGUGUUGAACUGCGUGGUCGUCCUCAACCUGCACUUCAGGACGCCGAGCACGCACGUCAUGUCUGAGUGGACCAAGAAGUUCUUCCUGGAGCGCCUGCCUCGGAUCCUGCGGAUGUCCCGCCCCGCGGAGGCGGAGCCGUACUGGGACGGAGCGUUGCCGCGGCGGUCCAGCUCGGUGGGCUACAUCGCCACGGCGGAGGAAUACUACAGCGUCAAGUCCCGCAGCGAGCUGAUGUUCGAGAAGCAGUCGGUGAGACACGGGCUGACGACGAGGACAACACACGCCGCCGUGGUGAAGCCGCAGGAGGACGGAGGCGUGACGGAUCAGCUGUACGCCGAGAUCAAGCCGGCUGUGGACGGAGCGAACUACAUCAUCAAACACAUGCACAACAAGAACGACUACAACGAGGAGAAGGACAACUGGAGCGGUAUCGCCCGGACGGUGGACCGACUCUGCCUCUUCCUGGUGACUCCGGUGAUGACCUUCGGCACCAUCAUCAUCUUCCUGAUGGGAAUCUGCAACCAUCCUCCACAUCUGCCCUUCAAAGGAGACCCGCACGACUACGCAGAGGAAAACACCCGGCUGCUGUAGCACACAUUGCACUGCAGGUGUUUCUGUUGAGGUCACAUCCAGAGGUUUGCUUUGUUAUUCUUAUUUGAAGACCGUUCCAGGUUCAUGCAGUAGCCGUGUGUUUCUUCUCAACUUUAAUUUGAAGUGAAUAAUCCAGUACACUAUCCAUUUUGUUUUGUUUGCGUGGUUUGAAUAAACUUUUACUUUCCGACA